GUGUGUGUGAGUGUGAGAGAGUGUGAGUGUGAGUGUGUGUGUGGUCGCUGGCUUCACCGUCGACCGGAAGUGUGAAGCUGUCAAAGAUGGAGCCGCUCAGCAGCGAAUGAGCCGAGAGCCGUUCCCGCGCUGUGUGUAGAGAAUUAUCCCGAGUUUUCCCGGUUUGGGUGGAGCAGACGGAGGGAUAUGCAGUGAUGAAGCGAGGCCGGACAGAGCAGAUCCAGUACGCGGUGACGCAGUACCUGAAGAGGCGGCAGUACGUGGACACCGAGGGCUCGCUGAAAGGGGCCAAGCUGUCUCAGUCUGCAGAGGAAAUGGCAGCCAGUCUCUCAGUCCAGACAGAGUCUAGCUGUGCAAACGUGGUUUCUGCAGCUCCGUGCCAGUCAGACCCUCAGCAGUAUGAUGCUCAGUUCUCCAGAUUACGAACUUUUCUACUGGAGGCGGAGGUGCCGUGGGCAAGGGAAGUUAGUGUAGUGCUGUUUCCCCUCUUCCUUUACCUGCACCUGGACAUGGCGCGCUGUGGCCUGAAGGGGGCAGUAGAUGCAUUUUACGGCCGCUUCCACUCCCUCUUCCAGCAGGACGCUGAGCAGAAAGCCAUUGUGGAGCAGCUUCGUGGAGUACUAACACCACAGGACGUGGCCUCCAAUUCCAAACUCUGUGCUCUGCUGGACCACAAGUACGUGGUCCACCUGACGGACCAGGCCUACAGUUACCUCCUGCGGUACCUGCAGAGCGAUGACAACAGCGCCAUCUGCAGGGCGCUCAGCACACACUUACAGGUGGAGGUGACUGCUGUGCGUCGGACCGACUACCAGCUCUAUGGGUCGGGGCUUAACACAGGGAACUCCACCUCAUCUUCCUCCAGCACCUGGGCCGGUGUGGACGGGGCGGAGGGAGCGGAGCCUGUGGAAGUGACAGCGGGGUUACCUCAGAAUGAGGCUGCUCUGGAGGCUCUUCAGGACUGCAUUAAGCGUGUGCGGGAGGGCCCUCCCUCCUUAACCACCGUGUGUUUCUACGCCUUCCAGCACACCGAUCAGCUCCUCAACACGGCCGAGGUGUCACCCGACAGCCGGCUGCUCGCCGCGGGCUUCGACAACUCUGCUGUUAAAUUGUGGAGCCUGCGAGCCAGAAAGCUGAAAGCAGGCCCUCACAGGGCGGACGUGGCUAAGAUACGGCUUGCCUGUGACGUUCUGGAGGAAGAGGCGGAUGAGGAGGACUCGUCAGGCAGUGAGAUAAAGACCCUCCGUGCGCACUGCGGUCCCGUGUACCGCACAGCCUUUCUGACCGACAGCUCUGGUCUGCUGUCCUGCUCUGAAGACUCAACAGUGCGUUACUGGGACCUGAACAGCUUCACUAAUGCUUCGCUGUACUGUGGCCACGCCUACCCUGUGUGGGAUGUAGACGUGAGCCCCUGUAGCCUGUACUUCUGCACGGCGUCGCAGGACCGCACAGCGCGUCUCUGGACCUUCCAGCGCACCUAUCCGCUGCGUGUUUACGCAGGACACCUGGCUGACGUUGACUGUGUUAAAUUUCACCCUAAUUCUAACUAUAUUGCUACAGGUUCUACAGACAAAACUGUGCGACUGUGGAGCACUCAGCAAGGCAAUUCUGUCAGGUUAUUCACGGGACAUCGAGGCCCUGUUUUGGCCCUGGCAUUUUCACCCAACGGCAAGUACCUGGCCUCAGCCGGUGAGGACCAAAGGGUCAAACUGUGGGACUUGGCGUCUGGCACACUGUUUAAAGACCUGCGGGGUCACACAGACAAUGUAAUGAGCCUUUCAUUCAGCCCGGACAGUGCCCUGGUGGCCUCUGCCGCCCUGGACAACUCUGUUAGAGUCUGGGACAUCCGUAACACUCAUGGUGGAGCAGCGGCUGCAGCGGACGGGUCCAGUGGAGAAUUGGUGGGACUGUACUCAGGUGAAACCAGUGGAGUCCUGAACGUCCAGUUCAUGGCAUGCAACCUACUGCUGGUGACUGGGACAGCACUGGAGAAACAAGAGCAAUGACCAGGGACAGUGUGCCGGUGAGUCAGAAGUCAGGAGCCAUGCAAAGAUCCGCAAGACAUUCUGUGUCAAGGUUGAUCUAAUCUUUAUUAUCGGUAUGCGUUAGACUGGGGUGCCCAGUCCUGGUCCUGGAGAUCUGGAGAGUUUAGCACCAACCCUCAUCUUAACAUCAUGAGCCAGCUUAUAUAAUGCAUUCAGGAGUUUCUGAAUUCUAGAGCUAGAUGCUGGAUCUAAGCCCAGGAUUGAGCACCCCUGUAUUAGACCAACGGGUAACACGUCAUAGGUCAUUUUUAACCAUGAGCUACCAUAACCAUGAGGUGGUACUGUUCAUACUGGACUUCCUUGAGGAGUGCUUUGGAGAUCAGAUCAGAUCACUAUGGAUAGUUUAUCUGUUUGCAUUCUAAUUAUUUUUUGUUGUUUUUAACAAAUAAACAUUCAGUGCCCAGAUAAAAGCCUUUAUAUUUUUGAUUGGAUAGCUUAGGACUUUUGCACACUACUGUGUGCCAACACCAUAUAUAGAAUGACUUACUCUGCUGAUGUAGUUACACCCAUUGGUCUAAUUCAGAAGAGUCAUGACCUCAAUCUCAUGUAAGGGUCUUACAGACAUUUGGGUGGUUCCUGGCUUUUGACUUGCUGUGUAUGCCUGUGGUGCACUUGCCAUUAUUGCCAUUAUUUAAUUGUACCUAGUGCACUAUAUAGGCAGUGGAGCACGAUUUGAGAUUUCCUUACAUCUGAAUGCACAUGGUUGUGUAGACAGUGUAGCCAGAUUGUGUGCCACAUGGCUCUCUGUCAGACAUUUGUGCUUAAUUUAUGAUAUAUGAUGUAGAAGCAAUUGCCUUCUGGCCUGUGUUGUGCACUAUAUAGGGAGCAGGGAGUGAUUUGAGAUCCAGCCCAUGUGUGAGAGUAUCGCUGUGUAUACAUGUUGGUGGGAGACCGAUGACGGAAAACUGGAUAGUUCAUUGUUUUUAAUGAAGCAGCGACGAAACAUCAACGUAUGAGACGUUAACUUGCGGGAUUUCAACGAAAACACACUGUUAGAAACUGUUAGGAGAAUAAAGUGGCUGAACGCCGUUGCCCUGGACAUGGGCAGUGUGCCAGUGUUUACAUGGCUUCUUGUUGCCGUCUUUUCACCAUUGCCAGUUCUGCUAUGGGGCAUAAAACUGGUAAAAUGCAGCUGAUUUUGGUGCAGGAUUUGGCUUCUGACAUGCAAGUUGAAUACGCCCAGUGGACUGCGUGGAUCUGAUUUUGGAUCAGUUCAUGGAGUGCGUCUUUCUGUUGGUUACUGGAGCAGAGAGAGUGCAUGUGUGUGGGCUGUAUUAAGUAGUGGGAACGAGAUCCUAAUGUGUGGCCAUGACUUAGUAAGGCAUGAUCUAAUUAGCACACCUUACUAAGUCGUGGCUAUGACUUAUCUUAUUCCAGCGUGUUACUAAGUCAUGGGCACACAUUAUGAUCUCGUUCCCACACCUUACUGAAUCGUGGCCAUGUAUUAUUUUUAUUUAUAUGGGAUGGCACCAGCAGGUCCCCGUAGACUGGCCCAUGUCGGGCUGUCAGGCGGCUUCCUGUGUAGUGCACUGCGUAGACGCGGUGUAGUGACCACUAUCUCGUUGUUUUAUUUCAUGUUGUAGGGCUCGACUGAUGUAUCCCUUGGCUGGUAACGUUGGCUGAUGUGGGUGUUCUGCAGGUUUGUCAGUGUCUGUAAAGGCCCAGGCAAUAACGUGGCUCAAGCAGAUGGUGUUCGAUGAGUCCUCAGAGGUUGAGUGAACGUGUCGACUUCAGCAGCAGAAUUUACCCAGAAAUCAUUGUGAGUUGACGCCUUUUCCCCUUUUAAACCUGGCAGCAAUGAUGGACAGAGUGGCUUAUAAGCCAGAAGGGCUUUAGGUUACAAAUGGCUCAGUAUGUUAAACACGUUGGCUUCUUAUUCAGCGAUCUCUAGCCUCGCUCAAGCACACAGGCCGACGAUGGUGUCCGAAUUCGUCGACUGGUUCAUGCGCUGUUCCGAUAUUUAGUCAAAUAAACGGUUCUCACCUAUUAGCACCAUGUUAGUGUUAACAUUAAGGCAUAAGGAUCCAUUUCAGUGACGGCCUUAUGCUGUUUAUGCUGUUUAUUCGAGUUUACAAAGUGCAGCCGUUGAAAACUGACAAUCAUAUCCGUCGUUGAAGCACGUUUAUCUAAGGCUGUUGGAAUCAAUCUGGUGUCUGACCAUAUAAAACUACAUCGGCUGAUAUUAUAAGGUGGAUUUUAGCUGCAGCAAAACAUUUACAUCAGUUGAGCCCUGAAUGCACUGCACUAUUUAUGGACUAUGGAGCAAAAUGAGAGACUGUAGUCCAUCUGUUCAUGCAUGGUUUGUGUUGGUCAUCCUCUCCGCCUCAAUCAGUGGUCAGUCUCUAAACACUCUGUUGAUCUAGGAUCAUGGUUUCCUUUCAUGUCAGAGAAUGAUGGACUUGGACUUGAUGGUCAAUCAAGCAGUUUAUUUUGGAUUGUCGAAGAAAUCUUUUGAAUGUCAGUUCACAUUUCAUUUUUGUUAGUGAGGUUGUUCUGCCAAGAGCUGAGUGUUACCUUUGUUUUUCUUUGUUGUUGUUGUCCAAAAUGCCAUUUUUUAAUGGAAAUGUUUUGUUAUGGUGAACUUAAAAAAAAAAAAAAAAAGAUUUACAAAAUGCCAUUUAAGAAAAUGUUGGGGAAGAAAACCUACAUUAUUGUGCGUUUGUGACACUUAGCCUAGUUUUCCAGUUGUUUUUGAGAGAUUUGUGUUCUAGGUAUGAUCAGCAGGACUGAAGGUUGGAUUUGGCUGUUAUUCUGUUUAAAGGUGCACUAUUUUCUUGCUUUUCUAAGUGAAAAUGGGUUUCCACGUCCUCUGCAGGGAAUACACUUCAGCACAUAAUGCACAAUUAAUGUUUAUCUGCUGAGGUCAACAUGCUGUAAAACAUUAAAACAUCAAAUGUGACCCGUGCUGGAUUUAUGGCACAUUUAUCAUCUUAUAUUUUGCUUUUUUUCCCAAUUUGUGCACUAAAAUUGGCAGAAAAAAGCCACUUUUAAUGUUGUUCUCUGCAGUUGUUGACGAAUUUUCACCUCGAAAAUCAACAAAACCAUUCGACCCUUGUACCCAAUGUAACCUUUAGCCUGAGAACAUAUACAAGUCCCUUUAUUAGUGAAAAGAUCUAAUGAAAAUAAGAGUAAUUAACUGAAAUUAAGGCCUAAAGAACUCAGUGUAGCUCCACCCCCAGUGCUACAGUAUUUAUAUCAUUUAAUGCUGAGUGUCUGUCAUUGUGUUGACUAAGUACUUUGGCAAGAACUGGUUCAGUCAAAUUAUAUUAAUGAUAUUGGUCAGUAUCAGUGGUUAUUUGGGGUUUUAAAGCCCCUGACAGUCAGUAUCGUCUGCAGAAUUUAUAUUUACACCAUCGGCAGUAGAAGACUCUGCUAGACUCAUGUUGGGUUCUGCACUCUUUCAGUGUUUUGUUUGAGGGUCAGUUGCACUAAUUCAGUCAUCAUUCAGUUCAGUGUCACGAAAGAGGACUUGGAUUGUUAUACAGACGAGGGGUGCACCGCUCUAUAUAAAGGGGAACCUCUUCUCUUUGGUCUUCAGGCUACGUGCUGCACAUUCUUGGCAUUGGUAGCGACAGGGUGGAGAGAAGAGUAUUGUAAGAGAAAAAUGUCUGACAUGUAGCUGUUAACCUGAACCUGUGACUCAUUCAGACAGCAUGCAGCUGGGCUCAUUUAAAGGCCUCGAUCGUAUCUCAAAGUUAUGGGUGGAAACUUUUUUUUGUUAUUGUUUUCUUUUCUUUUCUUUCUUUUUUUUUGUCUCUCCAACUGUUUGUGUGCAAAAUAUUUUGGGCAAAAUUUCUGCCACCCUGUUGGUAGACGCCUGUAGACUUUAAACACAGCAAGCAAUUUUCUACUUUUUCAUACCAUACCAAAAAGUCCUUUGUUUGUAUUGUAGUUAAAGCUGUAAAUAUAUUUUUCUAAUAUCUAACAUUGUUGUCUGUUUUUUUUUGUAAAAUGAAAAGACCGUAAUUUUUUAAAAGCGUAUCUGAUUCCCUUUUUUGUGCGCUCAGAAUCGCUCCCAGGUUAAGAACAGUGCUUCAUAGAAUCUUUCUCAGGCUACAUAUUAAAGAACUUGACAGGUCUGUA